AUGCCGCACCUUUCAGGAUCAGGCCUCAGGGCACUAAAUGAGAAUAUGGCUGGCAUUGAAGAUCUUAUCGGGAUCCCAUUCCCGAAUCACAGCAGUGAAGUAUUGUGUGGUUUAAACGAGCAGCGGCAUGACGGCCUCCUCUGCGACGUCAUCCUCAUUGUAGAGGACCAGGAGUACCGCACCCAUCGGUCUGUCCUUGCUGCCUGCAGCAAGUACUUCAAAAAACUCUUCACUACUGGCACUUUAACAGAGCAGCCCUACAUUUAUGAGAUUGACUUUGUCAAGCCUGAAGCACUUUCUGCCAUCCUCGAGUUCGCCUACACCUCAACCCUCACCAUCACCACCUCCAAUGUUAAGCACAUCCUCAGCGCUGCCAAGAUGCUGGAGAUCCAGUGCAUUAUCAAUGUAUGCCUUGAGAUCAUGGAGCCCGACAGAGAGGUGGAAGAGGAAGAUGACAAAGAGGACGAAGAUGAUGACGAAGAUGAAGAGGAGGAGGAAGAGGAGGAGGAGGAGGAAGGGAAAGAGAUUUUGUCAAUCAGGAGAACCCUUACUGAUGUCCAAGAAGUAAGCUGUCACCAAGGCCCUUCUAAGCCUGAUCUUACCCAGGAAGCAUAUAUAGAAGCUCCUAAAGACUUUCCAAAUCACUACCCAGCCAAUAACCCUGCUUGGACACUUGGGGCAUGAUACGAGACUUCUCCAAUCGAGUCCUUGCUAAGGGAAAACCUGUACCCCACAGUGAACAUCGCGGAAAGGAGGCCAGCUCUCUCUCCUUUCACUCCUAGCUUCCUCCCCCAUCUAUGUAACGGUGAUUGCUCCUUCCCCCAACUCGAGGAGCCACAGAUAGACAACAGCCCCUUGGAUCUGGUAAUCAAAAAGAGGAAGAUCAAGGAAGAGGAGGAGAAGGAAGACCUACCUCCUCCUUUCCCUAAUGACUUUCUCAAGAACAUGUUUAUCAACACUCCAGCAACUCCCCUAGGGCAUAUCAAGGCAGAGACUGACUAUAGUGCUUAUCUCAAUUGCCUAAGUGCUACUCAGUUUGGAGGAGUUUUUCCUCCAUGGCCCCUGGAAGAAGAGAGGAAGAUAAAGCCCAAGACAUCCCAGCAAUGUCCCGUGUGUAAUAAAGUCAUCAUGGGAGCUGGCAAGCGCCCAGGCACAUGAUGGACCCACACAGGAAGUAAGCCCUAUAUGUGCAAUAUCUGUGAAGUCCGCUUUACCAGACAAGCUCAAAUCCACAUGCGGAAGCACACGGGGAGCGCCCGUACCUUGUGCAUCCACUGCAACGCCAAGUUUGUGCACAACUACGACCUGAAGAACCACAUGCGCAUCCACACGGGCAUCCGGCCCUACCAGUGUGAGUUCUGCUACAAAAGCUUCACCCGCUCCGACCACCUCCACCGCCACAUCAAGCGCCAGAGCUGCCGGAUCGUGCGGCCGCGGGGACGCAAGCCGGCGGCAUGGAGGGCGGCUGGCUUGCUCUUCGCUCCCGGCGGCCCGCCGGUGGAGAAUAGCUUCAUGAUGCCGCCAACGCUGGAGGAGAUGAGUGGCCACCUCGGCGGUGCGGCCAUGUGCCUUCCCGGCCCCAGCCCCAGGCACUUUUUGAGUGAGGCCAAGACCUCCUUCAGCCUGCAGGAGCUGGAGAGCCAGUUUGAAGAAACCCAGAUGAAGCUCUUCAGGCGAGCCCAGCUGGACUUGGAGAGGAACGCCGGCAUCUUCGCCUUCACUUUGGGCCAUAAUGAAACCUGCGCUGCCCAGCCCUUCUUCCCCCUCCCCGAUCCUUGGAGCACAGGCUUCAGUGGCUUGGCAGGGCUCAGCCACAUGCCUCCCAUCUCAGAGGCAAGCAACUAAACCUGCACCUGGUCCCACCACAGGUUCGCUCCCUUCCCAACAGGGCAGCUGGCCCCUCAGGGUCCUCGUCUGCCCUUUCACAUCACCUGGCUCCCAAGAAGAUCUUUGUCCCCUUGCUGUCCAGGCUGUCCAGAGAGUUUGUUGAGUUCCUUCUCUGGAGACUUUUGACACCCACCUGGAUGUGUUCCUGUGCAACCUGAUCUAGGCAACCCUGCUUUAGUAGUCGGGUUGGACUAGGUGGUCUCUGAAGGUCCCUUCUAAUCCCUGCCAUUCUGUGAUGAUGUGAUUCUGUGAUUCUCUCAUGGCCUGCCUCAGGGCUUGGGGCAUGGGGCCAUUCCUGGGGCUAGCAGGUGGGUAAGCAGGUGCUGUGCCUCAUGGCCACUGGCACUUUAGACUCUGCAAUGCACUUGGCUUGAGGCCAUGGGGCGCUUGCUGCCCUGUCCAGUCACCCACUGCUAGCAGCUCCAUCCAGGAAGGCCAGGCCAGGACUACUGCUCUCUUCAACACUCCUGAAAAUGUCAUUUGCCUUAGUCCAGGGCAUGGCCAUCACCAUGAGAUGGCUCUUCUGGGAGGGGAGAUGUUCCCCAUUUUCCACCCAUGGGUCCUGCUGGG